AUGGUGCCUUUGGAAGUGGCAUUGAGCGGCGCCAUUGGCGCACGUGUCCGCAUCAGCACAGCCCCGGUCGCGUCGACGAUUGAGGGCACCCUCUUCACUGCUGACCCCAUCACGAAUCUAGUCGCCAUUGACACCGCCGACGGAAAGCAGUCCCAGACCGGUGACUACCGCAUCAUCCCGAUUUCGCGUAUACAGUCCGUUCAGAUCCUCUCCCUCGCCCCGUCUGCAACCGCCUCCGAUGGACCGUCCUUCGCCGACGCUGUACCACCCCUCCACGCUCUCGACAUACGUUCCUUGAAGAACCGGGAGGCCAAUGCUAUUGCUAAAGCGCACGAAAGCGAGGCUCGUCGUGGCAAGGGCGUGACUCGCGAGGCACAGGAUAUCUUCGACGCCUUCAGUCGGACCAUGCCGGCGAGAUGGGAUGGGGCCAAGAUCAUUGUGGCGGAUGCAGUUUCAAUUGCGGCUCCAUACCGCGUGGAUGACUGUCGGUCUCUGGUGGCUGGUGACACGGCUGCCCUUGCCCGAGUACGCAAGGUGCUCGAAAUGGAACGCAAAAAGAUUGAAUUGCGCAAUGCCAGCGCUGCCAUCGGGCCUGGCACUGCUGGACAGAGAAAGGGCGGUUGAACCGAAUCUGUUCUAUGACGGAGUUGAUUACCUCUUCGACGACUAGUUCUGUUUUAUAUGUCACUGUCAUCAAAGCGAGUUUCAGUGGAUUAGAUGCCCCAUCCGCAUGGAUCAGCGCGAUGAGAAGAGCAUUGGGGAAGAGAGUGAUUGACCCCUUGAAGGUGAACUAUACAUGGGGAGUGUGGGUCUCGGGCUUUAGAAGAGUCGCAAGAAAAACCACGUGGGAGGGAGAUGACGGACUGAUAAGAUCUUGGUGAGCUGGGUAUAAUUCUGGAUGCAUUGGGGUGUGGUAGGUAGGAUUGACUGCAUUCACGUCUUGCAGAUCUGCCGGCUAUACACUUUGGGGAGGGCGAGUGGGAAUGACGGUCUACCCCCCAGCUAAUGUAUGUGUAUCUGAAGAUAUAGUAUCG